UUUAUUCAUCAAGUUGCCCGGUGGACAUGAAGCUGUUUGCAAUGUUUCUCUUCUCAUUUUGCUCACGAAUAAGCAGCAAUUCAUUGAUCAUAACCUUUAUUUAGUGUGUUUCAGUCAUACUGUUAAAUACUCAUUGGUCUGUGGGUCUCAUGCACUCGGCAGCUUGUCCAGUUGGUGGUGGUAAUGUAGCUCGAAGUUUUCUGGAAAUGGAUAGAAGAAGAAACGCGGAACUGUCUGUCAGCAAAAUGUUUACUCAUACUUAAAAAAAGAAGCAAUAGAACUCUGGUUUGACUUCAUCUGGGACUUUCUGUAGCACACAAUUACUUCAAUGAUGGCAUCUGAAAGCCACAACUGUUCCUGUUGCUCCCAUCCAGUCUCCCCCAGUGUUCAUCAGACGCUGAAUGAAAUGGAUUUUGAACGAGGUAUCUGGUCUGCUGCAAUGGAUGGAGACCUGGAGAGGGUUAAAUCUUUGUCCCAGAGGGGCACAGAUCCAAACCUGAGAGACAAAGGAGGAUAUACAGCUCUGGUUGGUUUUUCUAGGGAUAUGAUUUGCAAUAAAUAUUGUAGUGUCUGCUGUUCUUCUAAAUCUAAAUCACUGCGUCAUUAUUGUGGUUUGUUUCAGCACUAUGCAAGUCGCAGUGGUCAUCACUCAGUAUGCACGUUUCUUCUGGAGAAUGGUGCUUGUGCAUCUCCCCAGACACCAGGCGGUGCCACACCACUCCAUCGAUCAGCGUACUGCGGUCAUCUUGAUGUGGUUAGACUUUUGCUGCACCACAGAGCAGAUCCAAUGAUCUGCGAUGAUGAUGGUGCUUCCUCUUUACACAAGGCUGCAGAACGGGGUCAUGAGGAGGUGUGCCAGCUGCUUCUCGAGCACAGUCCAGCACUCUGCAGCCAGGCAAACAAAAGGCUGCAGCUACCCUACCAGCUGGUACCCAAGGGAGACCUGCAGGAGCUCUUGAAACCACCUCGGUGAAAUCAGGGACAUUGCAUCUGCAGCAUUUAGAGGUGCUAAGAACAGACACAUAAGUUCAUAACAGGUGAGUUAGAUUAUGUUCAUCUUGACCUGGAUUACCUGGACCUAGAUACAUUUGGCUCAUUUUUUUCUGGACUUGGGCAGAGAGCCACUGAGAGAAACAGAUCUGAUACAACAUUGUAUUUUUUUGUGCCUAAGCAUAAUGAUCAUCGUGUUUAUGCAGAAACACAAAAACAGACUCAACAAAUUAAAAGACAAUGUGAUAAGAUAACAAAUGUCAACAUUUGUGGUCAGAGUAUUCUCAGAGCAUUUUACAAGCAUCUUGCUCACAGGUGGCAAGAAGAACACACAUUGUUUACUCAAGAGGAAGUACAGAUACAUGUGUAAGAAAAGAUUUGUUGAGUAGAAGUUCUGACUUGUCUUCCUAAAGUGAAAAGGUUCAGGCUCCAAACUGAACCAAUGUUAUUUCAGUAAAAAGUUGUCCUGCAGAACAGUUUUAUCAUUUCUGUUUGUGCAAAGUUAACUAAACCUCUGACUGAAGGUGUAUUUAAGAUACUGUUAAAACUCUGAUCCUUGUAACCUGAAAAUAAAGUUUAAAAUAGACUUUACUUGAAUGUUCAAACCUGUUGCUGCUCUGAAUGACAAUUACAUUCAAAUUAAGUUUAAAAAAAGAUAUUGAGGUUAUAUCGAAGCAAUUAAAAAAAAACCAAAACAAUAAUGAUCAGGCAAAGAAAA